UGUAAAGCAGUUCCACUGCUUUAACAACUUUAUAUUUCGACAGUUAUUUUUGUCCGGCACGCUGUAUACGUCAGAUUGUUUUUUUCUGCAUUCCUUUUUUGAUUUCAGCCAAUACACCACCUCAUCCUCUUCCCUCUUGAAAGGAACAAGCUUGACGUCAUCAAUGUCUAAUGUCCACCAAGUACACAAUUUUGAAAACUGCAGCCAUCAUGUACAACAAUUUUGGAAUUGGUUCUAUUUUCAAACUCGCAAUCUAUGAGUAAGUCGAAAGUUAGGUUUGUCGCAAUAUUAUAUCCAUACCUAUUUUGUACAGUUAUGCGGCUGAAGUUCCGAUCGAUCACAUUCUGAUCGAAACGGUAAAAAGGCAGCAGUGACGAAAAUUUGUCAUUACCACUGACGUAAUUUGGGUCCAUAAAUCGAUGCGGGGUUCACUUAAGUAGUUAUACUACAUCGGUUCUAACUCACUCUGCCCACCCCCCGUGACGUCACGUAUGCCAAAAAGGCCGAAUACCACGUGACACGCAAAAAGUGAGAAAGUAGUGAGUGUGUGAAAGUGUAAGCUUGAUACAUAUGCAUGAGAGGAGUCUCGCCGCCUAGCUAGAGCCUGGUCAAAAUGUGGACGGGUACAUGUGCAUGAGAGGAGUCUCGCCUAGCCUAGCCUAGCCUGACCUAAGGGCGUUUGUCCACCGCCGCCGUCACCGGACCGUCACCGAGAACGAGAUUAUUUCGGGCCGAGUUUAAUAUGACGUAACGGCGAUCGUUUGUCCACCGCGACCGAUUUCGCUGGUUUAGUUUGUUCCACCUGUCAUGCGUGGUAGUCGCGUUUUCGAAGAAAUAAAGUGAUGGCUAGGUUAAACCGGCGACAACUUCUUCUACUGCUUUUGUACCUUCGAAGGCGCAGGCGAUGCAAAGAAUUUUGGGUUCAUCCGCUAAUACGUGAACGAUACAUCACAGGGGCGUUUUAUGUACACCACGCCAAGUUGCGGCAGCAUGACAAGAAAUUUUAACUACUAUAGAAUAUCCACGACUACGUUCGAUUAUAUCCUAUAUCAUAUUAAGGAUAGCAUCACACUCCAAAACACGAACUACAGGACAUGCAUACCACCAACUGAAAUGUUAGCUGUAACGUUGAGAUACCUCGCAAGUGGAAAUACCUUCACCGAUAUGUCAUAUACCUUCCAACUGGGUAUCAAGACUAUAAGCAGAAUAGUGACACAAGUGUGUCACCAAAUAUGGACUAUUUUAAGUGGUGAACACUUGGCUGCGCCUACUACUGAGCGAUGGUUAUUAAUAGCGGAAGGAUUUAAACGAAGAGCUAAUUUCCCAAACUGCAUCGGUUGUGUCGAUGGAAAACACAUACGGAUUGAAAAAUUUCCGAAAUCUGGCACUAUGAACUUUAAUUAUAAGGGACAUUUCUCAAUUGUACUUCUGGCAGUAGUUGAUUCAGAUUACAGAUUCGUAUAUGUUGAUAUCGGUUCAUACGGUAAAGACUGCGACUCCGCAAUUUUUCAACGUACAAGCUUCUAUCAACUACUCACUGAAGGCAGGUUGAGUAUACCUCCACCUGUUCCACUGCACUCAUCUCAAAAUAACAGAAUGCCACAUGUUAUACUAGGCGAUGAAGCUUUCCAGCUCACUGAACAUUUAUUACGUCCUUUUGGCGGUAACCAUUUAGAUGUGAAAAAACGUAUUUAUAACUAUAGACAUUGUCGUGCACGAAGAUACGUUGAAUGCGCAUUUGGCAUUAUGGUCAAUAAAUGGCGAAUAUUUCAUCGCCCUCUAAAUGUAAACAAAAAACUUAGCAAAAGUAUAGUUAAGGCAUGCGUCGUUUUGCAUAAUAUUGUACGUGAAAAAGAUGGCUACAGAGGUGAGGAUAUGUUCAUGUCUUUUAUGCACGAUGGGCUGUCUGAUCUACCAAGGGAAGGAAGUGUUCUGCAUGGUGGGCAUACUGCUAAUGACAUAAGAAAUAAUUUUGCUGAAUACUUUGUAAGCCCAUAAGGCUCCUUACCUUGGCAGAUGAAUAAAAUCUAAACUUGUAAUUACUUAAUUAAAAACAUAAAUAAUAAACUAUCAUGUACUUACUAAUUUCGUCUUUGUUUUUCUGGUCCAUAUCCUCAAAGUUCGGCUCUAAAAAGGCACAAACAUCGCGCCAUGCAUUUCUACGCAAAACUUUAUCUUUGGACACUUCCUUGGUUUUAUCCCACAAACAUUCUUUACUUUCUAUAAUUUCUAUUAAUGAAUAAAAAUCGUAUUUAAAUUUUUUCGCCAUUUUUAUUACAAUGUUAUACUAAUUAAUGAUAAUUGAUUACAAACAAAAUAAUAACUGAGUUCGUGUACGGUGCGACGGCGACGGCAGUGUGUGGACAAGUUCAUACGUGUUUUGUAUUGCCG